CUCUCUCUCUGCCUUCUCUGUUCUUUUUUUUUUUGUUGUCAUUUUCUUUGAUCUCUUUCUUAAUCUUCAAUGGAGGUAAAGCUGUUGAAAACAAUCUCACCAACCAUUACAAAACCUAAUGGAUUCGAAUCUUUUUCAAAACCCAUUUCUUCUUUCACUUUUAACACCAAGCAACAUCAUGGGUUUAGAUUAAACCCUUCAGUUUCAUCAAGAAAAACAUCUCUAACAAUCCAAGCCAGUGCAGCUUCUUCUACCUGCAUGGACAAAAAGAAAAGGGUUGAUGAGAGUGAAAGCUUGACAUUGGAUAGUAUAAGAUACUCAUUGAUUCAUCAAGAAGAAAGUAUAAUAUUUAGUCUUUUGGAGAGGGCUCAGUAUUGUUACAAUGGCGAUACAUAUGACUAUGAUGCAUUUGAUAUGGAUGGUUUCCAUGGUUCUUUGGUUGAGUACAUGGUCAUGGAAACUGAGAAACUUCAUGCGCAGGUGGGGAGAUACAAAAGUCCAGAUGAGCACCCAUUCUUUCCGGAAGCCUUACCUGAGCCUUUAUUACCUCCAAUGCAAUAUCCACAGGUAUUGCACCCUAUUGCUGACUCUAUAAACAUCAAUCGAAAAGUUUGGGAUAUGUAUUUUACCAAUCUUCUUCCAAGAUUGGUUAAGAAAGGAGAUGAUGGUAAUUCUGGGUCAUCUGCCCUUUGCGAUACACUAUGCUUGCAGGUACUUUCAAAGAGAAUCCACUAUGGAAAAUUUGUAGCUGAGGCGAAAUUUCGAGCCUCCUCCGACUUAUAUGUUCCUGCCAUUAGAGAACAAGAUCCAGCAAGACUGAUGGAAUUGCUGACUUACGAGUCAGUGGAAGCAGCUAUCAAGAAAAGAGUAGAGAUGAAAACCAGAACCUAUGGGCAGGAAAAAAGUUUUAUUGAAGAGAACGAUGGAGCUGAUCCUGUUUACAAAAUUAGGCCUAGCUUGGUUGCUGAUCUUUAUGGAGAUUGGAUCAUGCCAUUGACAAAGGAAGUUCAGAUUGCUUACUUGUUACGAAGGUUGGAUUGAAGUAAAAAUAGGAGGCCCUUCCAUCUAGUGCUGUUACCCCAUGUAAGAUUUCGACUCAAAUGCGGUAAAUUUAAACUACAGCCUUCUUUGAAAUUAAUAUUGGAUGCAUAUGAUUCAUGCGGUAUUCUUUUCAAACUUCGUGAAGCAAAUUUUAAACCCAGUCUAUCUUUUGUUUUCAUGAUCUGAAUAUUUUAAUUUGUACAUUUCCUACAAUUUUUGUCAAUAAAGAUGAGAUUAAGCAUGCAAUCAA